GAAGCCUUCGGCGAUCGCCGCGCCACCCGAAACUUUCCCCAGAAAAUCCAAAUCGGACGGCACCUACGGAAAGCUUAGAAUUUCGGCUACAUCGCAAGCCCAAGAAUGUAAGCCAGAAACACCGUAAAUACAUUUUAUGCGACCUUUAUUGAAAAGGUGUACGAGUUCUGGCGGUUAUACGGUAUUAAUUAAAGAAUAAUGAGGAAAGUUAAUAAAUGAUUUUCGCCGCGAUCCCACGCCCACGGGCGAUCGAUGGGCGAGAAUAGUCUUGACUUGAUCGAGCACUUGUUCACGUCACGUCAUACGUCACUGCAUGAAACCAUCCUGCCUAGCCUGCCUGUGGGGAAUCUACAGGUAGGACUAUGAUUGAAUGAUGGCUGAGUCUGGUUCAGCCCCGGUUCCUCUCAAGAGUAAACGGUGCACCCUGGAAAGAGCUGAGAAGUUUAUAUCAGAUGCCUACUUCACGGACUGUAAUUUGUAUGGAAAGCUCUUUCUAGAAAAGCACCCUGUGCGCAUCACUCACAGAAAGGCCAAUGGUCGGGUGACCUUUGGCGAGGCCACUCAGGCAUGGAAUUCAGGUAGUUCCAAGUCAAAGUACCCAGCCGCCGAAGUAGUCAAGCCAGGGUCAUCUUAUGGUCCUACGUGGGCGACUCACUGGUUUCGCAUCCAGUUCCAAAUUCCCAAGGCAUGGAACAAGAAGGAGGUCCACCUUCUCUGGAACUCAAACUCUGAAGCAAUGGUCUGGAGUCCUUCAGGAGAGCCUCUGCAGGGAUUAAAUAAAGAUGAUCGAACCAGCUUCAUCCUAACCCGUCCACAUAGCUCGUUAUUAGAAUAUGAGCACCUUUACAUCGAGAUGGCGUGUAAUAAGAUCCUGGGAGCGGGGAAUGGUCUGAUCGAUGCACCGAUACUAGAUAGUACAUUCACUCUAUCUCAAGCUGAGCUUGCUCUCUUCAACCGUGAUGCGUAUGACUUGAUGAUGGACGUUGAAAUAUUGGUUGAUAUGGUUAAGUACUUACCCGAGGACCGAGAGCGCGGAUAUCAGGCUCUCUACACCGUCAAUCGGAUGAUGAAUGCUUGUUCGGCCGAUCAGCCUGAGACCUAUCAGGCUGCCCGAGAUAUCUGCAGGAAAUUCCUUGAGGAAAAGAACGGAGACUCAGCUCACACCAUCCAUGCUAUAGCCAAUGCUCAUAUUGAUUCUGCCUGGCUUUGGCCCUAUGCAGAGACCAAGAGGAAGGUAGCCAGGACCUGGUCUAAUGUCCUAAGUCUUGCUAAGGACUACCCGGAUCUUAACUUUGCCUUCUCUCAGGCCCAGCAAUUUCAGUGGGUGAAGAGUGACUACCCAUCGCUCUACAGGAAGAUACAAGAGCUGGCCAAGAGAGGGCGCUUCAUCCCUGUAGGGGGAUGCUGGGUGGAGAUGGACGGUAAUCUGCCGAGCGGGGAAUCGUUCGUCAGGCAGGUUCUGUACGGACAGAGGUUCUUCAAGGAAGAGUUUGGGAGUUAUUGUACAGAGUACUGGUUACCCGACACCUUUGGUUACUCCGCUCAGCUCCCUCAGAUAUUAGCGGCAGGAGGAAUGAGGAGGUUCGUUACGCAGAAGAUGAGCUGGUGUAUCGUCAAUAAAUUCCCUCACAAUACAUUCUGGUGGCAGGGUAUAGAUGGUACCAAGUGUCUUGCACACUUCCCUCCUACGGACACAUACCAUGCUAGGGUCAAAGUUGAAGAGUGUCUAAAGAAUGCUACAAACCACCGAGACAAAGGACGCUCUGAUCAUAGUCUGAUGCUAUAUGGCUUUGGUGAUGGAGGCGGUGGACCAACGAAAGAUAUGCUAGAGAGGAUGCAGAGACUUAAAGAUGUAGACGGCAUCCCAAGGGUCAAACCAUCCACGCCAAAGGAAUUCUUUUCAAGCGUGGAGAAAGACGGCGGCAACCUCUGCACAUGGCAAGGGGAGUUAUACCUUGAGCUUCACCAGGGAACCUUCACCACACAGGCAGAGAUCAAGUACCUAAAUAGGAAGUUAGAGCACAAGUUGCAGCAGACGGAAUUCCUCUCAGCCCUUCAGCCCGUUGGUAAAGAAGCCCUGAUGCAGGAAACCAUCUCGGAGAAAUGGAAACGACUUCUCCUCCAUCAGUUCCAUGAUGUUCUACCAGGGAGCUGCAUCAGGGAGGUUGUAGAAGAUGCUGUUACCGACAUGAAAGCUUUGAGCAGGGAAUUGGAUCUGGAGAAAAUUAUUUUAAUCAACUCACUUUCCCAGAAUAUCAAGAGAGGGAAGUCUUCGUCCGUGCUUGGGUCAAAGGUCAUAUGUAACCAUCUAAGCUGGGAGCGCACAGAGGUGAUAGACCUGGGUCAGGGGUCAAUGUCAAACACUUCCGGGUCAGGCGGCGAUAGUCCUACACCGGCCAAGAAGGCAAGGAAGGUGGGCGGUGGUUCUGAAAAAGUGGACAACUUUGCUAUGGUAACCAUUCCCGCAAUGUCGGUGUCAACCGUUCUUCAGUGCACCCCAUCAUCCACUCCUGUCCCGGCUCAGAUUGAAGCAGUCAGCAACGGUUACAAGCUCUGGAAUGAACACCUUGUGGCCUUGGUAGACUCCUGCGGAAGACUGACCCAGAUGAACUUGAGUAAGCCUGGAGGAAUCAAACCUGUCUACCAGAAACCUGAUGUCAUCCCUGAUGGUGAUAACUAUGGCAACCAGUUUGUGAUGUUUGAUGACGUACCUCUCUUUUGGGAUGCCUGGGAUGUGAUGGAUUAUCAUCUUGAAACAAGGAAGCCAGUGAAUGAGUGUACAUCCAUUGAAGUUGUAGAGACAAACCCUCUCCAAGUUUCUCUCAAGGUUGAACUCAAGAUCAGUGACAGAAGCUACAUUGAACAGAAGAUCAUACUCAGAGCUCAUUCCAAGUAUCUGGAGUUCCAUACAAAGGUUCACUGGGACGAAUCUCACAAGUUCCUCAAGGUGGAGUUCCCUGUCAACGUUCACUCUCCUGAAGCGACCUUUGACAUCCAGUAUGGCCACCUCAAGAGACCAACCCAUCAGAACACUUCCUGGGACUGGGCCAGAUAUGAGGUCGUAGGCCACAAGUGGAUCGAUUUAUCACAGUAUGACUGGGGCGUGGCCAUCCUCAACGACUGCAAGUACGGACACUCUGUCAUCAAGAAUGUCAUGAGGAUCUCAUUGUUGCGCUCUCCUAAGAAGCCAGACCCAGAAGCUGAUAUCGGUGAUCAUGUCUUUUCCUAUGCCAUCAUGCCUCAUACAGGUACGUACCAGUCAGCGGGUGUAAUCCAAGCAGCGUAUGAGUUCAACAAUCCUCUCACACCCAUGCCAAUGCCCACUGAUACGACCCUUGACCUGAGGGAGAUCUUCACCAUAGCGCCCUCUUCAGUCAUCAUUGAGUCGGUCAAGAAGUCUGAGGAUGCUAACGACUGUGUGGUGGUCCGCUGCUAUGAGGCUUAUGGAGGAGAAGUGCUCGCAAAACUAACAACAAAAUUAGAAGCAACCAAAUUCUCAAGAUGCAAUUUCCUUGAAGACGAAGAUGCUGAUUGUGAUGGCUUCUUGGAAGAAGGGCAAUCAUCAGUUUGUUUCAGACUCACACCAUUCCAGAUAGCCACAAUCAAAAUUCAGCUAAAACCACACUAGCAGCUCAGUUGAAAUUGAGAAAUGUACCAGUACUUGUUUGGGGGUAAUUCCAUCAGGUUGUGUCGAAAAAUGACAAAAUGUCCAUGUAAUCUAGAUAUUAACUAUUAUCAUCUACAUAAAGAGUGUUCUAGCGUUGCAUUAAAAACGCAUAUUUUGGUCUGCAUCAAUUGCCCUUGCAGUAUCAGAGCGUAUCCCUAAAAGGACCGAAAUCCGAAGAAUAUCCCAUAGGCUUCUGUACAAAAUUUGCUAUUGAAUAUGAGAGCAUAUUCAACAGUAUAGUGCGAAUGCGUGAAAUAUACAACACAUACAUGUACAACAAUGAAAGCAAUGCGAUGCACAGCAAGAGCACAACGACACUCGAUGACAUCAUAAUGCAAGUCGCAUGUCAACGACCAAAUUUGAUCUUAUGAAGUGAUGAUGCCAUUAUGUGAUAAGUGACAUGACUUGUUCAAUCAAAUUUCUCCCUCCUUUUGAUUGGUAUGGGUGGGAUAGAUAAUAAUGAUUAUAUUGGAUGGCUUUAUUUCAUGGAAUACCUGAAAUAUUCCACUCGUUAGGGCCAAUAUUCCACUCAUCUACGAUUCAUGGAACAUUUGCCCAUACUCUUGGAAUAUUUCUUGUAUUCCAUUCUGAGCCAUCUAAUGUAAUAUAAUUAUAUUUCACAGUGUAGAUCAAUUCAGGGGCCUGUUGCAGAAAGAGUUGCAAUCAAUCGCAACUCUAAAAAUCAUGUGUAACUUGAUUUUCUACCGAUCAACAGCGCGCAUUUGGGACUUGCGAUUGAUUUUUUUACUUGCGUUUAAACGCAACUCUUUCUGCAACGGACCCCUGCAGCCUGUUGCAUAAAACGUUUUACCUGAGAAAACUCUGGUAAAAACUGAAAACUAAAUUUAGUCUGAUCUCUGCCAUUGACUUUAACACAGGGCAAAAACUCAGGUAAAAGAUACCUGAAUUUUUCUCAGGUAAAAAUUUUUAUGCAACAGGCCCCUGAUGUGGCUAUAAAGUCUCCACCCAUAGAUAUUUAUGUUUGAUCAUGAAAUCUUUUCUGGGUUUGCUGUAGUUCAAACCUUUUUGACCAACAUUUCAUGGACUUAACAUUCAUAUACAUGUAUCAUUGUCAAUAGACCGUCAGGUCUGAAAUUGCAAUACAUCAGGAUGAUGUUCAACUGGUAAACCUUAGUGGGUCAUUGGAAGAUUUUUGCCUAGUUUAAAUGAAACACAUAUUUUUGUUAGUUCUGGUAUGUCAAAAUAAAAGAAAAGACCCAAUCCAAUGGAAUGACCUUUUUUUAAAGGGGAAAGUAAUGUACCUUCUAAUCUAUGUUAUUCAAGAUGCAUAUUAUAGUAAGAGGUCUGCAACAAAAUAAUUUCCGGUAACUUUGCCACUAUGCCAGAACUAAAACUCAUGAUAAAGCAAAUAUGAAUUGUGCAAAAUGUUAGAAAAACAUAUUAAAUUCCCAAGCAGAUAAAAUUCAGCAAAUGCAUGGUUAACACUGCAAUCAGUUUUGAUGGACAGAUUUCUCUUUUAAGGUAGGAACAAUAUGAUGUUGCUUUGAUUUUCAUUGUAUUUUUUAAUGGAAAAAAUGUGCUUGCUCAGUUGGUAGAACAUCCGUCUCACAACCGGGAGGUCAGGAGUUCAAACCCCGGCCGCAUCAGACCAAAAGAUGUUAGAGGAUACGAGUUGCUGCUACCCUGUUUGGCGUCAAACGAUUCAAGGGAUAGAGCUUUGUCGAUCUGGCGCUGCAAAGUACCUGCUGGGCCCACGAUCAAUUUGGCAAAAAAAAAGAAUUUUCGAAGUAUUCAAUUUCAGAUUUCAUUUUUUUCAAAUAAUAAAAUAUGGAUUUCAUUAGAUUUUUCACUGGAUUUUCAUUUUCAUUUCAUUGGAUUUUUAAUUUUCAUUGGACUUUUUGGGCCUGAAAAAUGAUGUUUUCCAUGUCCUUUUGAAUUCAGUGAUUUUUCUUUAUUUAGAAAACUGGGGGCUCUACCAUAUGGAAUGUAUCAAUAAGAGUUAUUAUGAAAUCGGCUCUUGAUCACUCAAUUUCAUAAGAAAGCUGAAAUACAUGUAUACAUUUGUGUGUGUAGGUUAUGUGACUCUUAACUGAAUAUAGUCAUAUUUUGAUAAAUGUGACUACAUCUGCAACUUUAGUGAGGAGGUUUAUAUAUCUCAAUAAUAUAUUUUUUUAUAAUCAUGAUAUGAGAUAAUUUCAUGAAGGUUCUGUAAUCAGUAUGUGUAUUCAUUUGUAUCUGUACAGCGUAUUUUUGUAUGAAAUUACGACUGAGGGGAUGAUUUUUCAAUCUGAUAUUUCCUGUUCUUUGCUAUAAAUGUUUGCACAUAUAAUGAUGUCUUGGAUUAAAGUUGUAUACAAUAUUGACAAUAAAGAAUAUUGACAAUGUA